AUGGCUUCAUUCAACGGCGUCAUGCAUAAUCUGGACUCUCCGCACAUCACCAGGCGACCACUUGCAAUACAGCAGGGAGGUCACGAGGAAAAUGAAGACGAAAACCUGAGAAGCACGCAGUCUAGUGAGAUACCGGACUCGAUGCCUCGCAAUACGGUAGCCAUUGCAGAGUUCUCGUCUCCGACACGCUUGUUGGAACACUACCUUGGCCAGUUUGAGAGCCCGUCCGAGUUCCACAUUGCUGCCUCAGAUGAGCCGAUUGAAGCUGGAUCUCAAAGCCUAGCUUCCACGAACCUGAGAAGAGGAAGCCCCUCAGGCAGCAUCUCACACCUCAACACCAGUGUGUCAUGUCCGGAGAACAUCGUGCCUUGCACACCUCCCCCUUGUAAAAGGCGAAAGGCGAGACAUGAAAGAAGCGACCAAAUCGAUCGGUGUAGAAAUAAGGGACCUGAACUGUCGAGUUUCCUGAGCAUCAUUGAGGAAACACCCGAGAUUAUCACCGAGACAAUAAUCCCGCAAUGUUCAAACAGUAACCUGAGCACGGUCGAGGAGACACUAGCGAUUAUCAACGAGACCCUAAUCGCGGAAUCCUCAGUCGGUAACGAGAGCACCGUCGUGGAAACACCAGCGACUAUCAGCGACUCAAUAAUCCCAGAGUCCUCAUACAGCCCCCUUCAUGCACACCCAGUUGGACAGGACAAUGAAGAUAAGCGACAAGGUCACCAACAAUCGGACAUUGCACCGAAGACACACAUCCCAGACCUCUCAAGCUACGACAGGGUCGUCGUCGUCGACUUCCUCCCGCAACACGUCUACACAUACGAGAGCCUCAGGGUCUUUGCACCGACCCACCAGUCAGUAGCACGGAAAACACCUCAUCAGAUCCCGAAACAACCAUCAUCACGCCUAUGCUCGAGAAGCUAG